GUUGCGGACGCUCUGACAACAUUGCCUCACUGUUUGUGUGUGUUAGUGUGUUAUGUGUGUGUGCAGCUCAGGAUUAUAUCCGGCAUAGCCUGACCAACAAACCGUGUCAUCUCCGCUGCGUGCCUGAAGCACGCGCUAAAAAUAAAUAAAGCCCAGGCUCCAACAAUGAACGCACUGACCGCCGCCACCUGCCUCCUCGUCGCCGGCUUCAGCUACCUCUACGGCAGCGAUGUGUUAUGGUUUGUCCGUGUGUCUCUUGCAGACCUCUCCAUGCCCGAGCCGGGAGCUUCUCCGCGGCGGAGCCCGCAGGGAGUCCCCUACAGCGACCUGCAGCACAUCGUCAACGCCGACGGACUGCACCUGUUCUGCCGCUACUGGGAGCCCGCCGGUCCGCCAAGGGCUCUGGUGUUAAUUGUCCACGGGGCCGGGGAGCAUUCUGGGCCGUACGAUGAGAUUGCACAGAGACUGAAGGAACUGUCCCUGCUGGUAUUUGCACACGACCACGUUGGCCAUGGUCAGAGUGAAGGAGAAAGGAUGAACAUCAAAGACUUCCAGGUUUAUAUCAGAGACUCCCUGCAGCACAUUGACCUGAUGAAGUCCCGCCACCCAGACCUGCCCAUCUUCAUCGUGGGUCACUCCAUGGGUGGUGCUAUCUCUAUCCUGACCGCCUGUGAGAGGCCCAGUGACUUUGCCGGAGUGGCUCUUAUAGCUCCAAUGGUCCAGAUGAACCCAGACUCGGCCACACCGUUCAAGGUUUUCCUGGCGAAGGUCCUGAACCACAUGCUGCCCAGACUCACUCUGGGCUCCAUCGAUUCCAAAUGGGUCUCACGGGACAAGAAGCAGGUGGAGGCAUACGACGCUGAUGAGCUGAACUUCCACGGCGGCAUGCGGGUGUCGUUCGGCAUGCAGCUGAUGGGGGCGGCGGCGCGCAUCGAGAAGGAGAUCCCGUCCAUCAGCUGGCCCUUCCUGCUCCUGCACGGUGACGCUGACAAGCUCUGCGACAUCAGAGGCUCCAAGAUGAUGUAUGAGAACGCGCCAAGCUCAGACAAGAAAAUCAAGAUCUAUGAUGGAGGCUACCACGCCCUUCACCACGACCUCCCAGAGGUGGCCGAGUCCGUGCUGAAGGAGGUGACUGGCUGGAUCACAGAGCACCUCUCCGCCACGACGUCGCCACAACCGCAAGACUCCUAGAAUCCUGACAGCUGGGUCAGCACUCCGAGGCAACUGCCAACCGCAUCUCAAGAGGCCUGCUCACUUUCCAGCAGUCUGUCAGGCAUAACAAUACUACUACACUCUCUGGUCUGGGAAUACGUUUAGUUAUAUAGAUAUUAUUUUUUCAGUCUAAAAACUUUACUGAUUUUAUCCUCUGGGCAAAUUCCACUGAUUUAAAUUGGAUGAUGGGGUCAGAAACCACUUUUUAUUGUAGAUACUCAGCAGUGGUCAGUCUCCCUGCCACAUGUGAAUCAUAUAUUUCAGGCAGUGGGCUUUUUUGGUUACGGUUUCAUUAUCUCCUCACUGAGGAACAGCUCAAGUGUAAGCUACAGUAUGCUGGGGUUCCAAGUGCAAUAAUAAUGAAGAUUCCUCCUCAUAGCCAGGUCCUCACACUGCUUCACUGUCCUCACAGUGUCUGUAGAUGCUUCUUCUCUGCCUCCUUCUCGAUUGCACUGUUUUACAAAUGACAUGAAAUUUGACACUCGUAGAGACACUGGGAAACUUAUACUAUGAGCACACAUGACACACUCAGAUCCUCUCUUCUCCUGACUUCCUCUGCAUGUCCCUCUUCUCUGGCCCAAAGAAAACACGAGGCAUUACACAUGACGAUUGGUGUAAUCUAUCGAACUCCUGAGGCCUUAAGUCUAGUUUAAAAUUUCGUCCUGUUAGUUCGACUGCUUUAGCAGAUUGUUUUACAAAUUAACUGUGCAAUGGAUCCUGGCAAGUCUUAUAUAAUUUUUACCUCCUAAACAGUGACAUUUAUUUUCUUAUUUUAGCCAGAUGAUUACCUCCCCACCACCUCCAUUUAUUGACUGAGUUAUUAGUGGACUCAGUGACUUUCCAUAUCAAAUACUACUGUCAGUGAGCCGAGUUAUGGGUGUAGGGACAUGAAGAGGAUGCAGAUUAACCAGGUGAUGCUGCUCUGUCUCUCUCUCUGCAGGUGGGAAUUAGAGGGCAAAGGUCAAAAGGUCCCUUCCUUAUGUGACCUUCACUGUUCGUGUUUAGGUCCAUUAAAACUGCAGACUAGGCCCCAGCUGGAGAACGUAAGGAGCACAUCGCUGUUACUGUGGACAAAAGAGUAGAUUUCCUCUCUCCACACACCAUCUGCCAUUUGCUGGACACUUUUAUCCAAACCACCUUUACAUAAUGCGGCUGUGUGCAUUUCUUGCAUGGGUGGCCACAGAGGGAAUCCAGCCCCUCAGAACAAUGGUGGAGUCAUAAUUUGUUUGGAAAAACAGGAUGUUUUUUGUAAUAGCUUUCAGACAAGGAGGGACAGGAAGUGAUAUUACUGCGGAAUAAACUUCUGACUUCAAAACUAUAUUGAAGAUUGUGCCUUAGCAGCACAGAAAUAUAGUGUACAGUCCAUACAUGUGAGUUUUCAAAUUAAAAUUCAUCCAGUUUUUAAAAAAUAACUACAAAUCAAAGAACCCAAAUAAUUAAAAAGAUAAACUUUAUCUUUUAGCUUGUAACAUGAAUUUAGUGGACUUGGUUUUUUAAUCCUCUAAAUCCCACCUGCAGUCUGAGUGGCUAAAGCAGUGGUCAAACUAACAUUUUUCCCAAAAGUAUAAACCUGUCACUUCUCAAAGUGUUGCAGUACUCAAAGUCAGCCCUGGCUCCAUAUAGGUCAUUAAAGAAACCAUAGCAAUAAUGUCACAGUAGCCUAUAUUUUUGCUAGCUGAUAAUUAUAAGCUAGACAGAUGCACACUGAGCUCACCAUUUUAUAUUGUCAGGUAGGCUGUAAUUAGCAGGUAUUGCUACAUGCUAAGCUUUUCCCACGUAUUCAGUAAGCAUGAAAAAGUUUCAGCAGCAUGAGUGGAGAGUUUUAAAUUGUUCAUCCGCCCCCAAAAUCAAACAUGGGAAGGGAUCAAAAAUUAUGUGGCAAGUCAGACAUACAGUGUGUUAGUUGACAUCUAGUGUGCACUCUCUGGAAACGGAGUCGACUGUGUCACUCCGGCUUUUUAGGAGGGUUUUCUCUCUGUCAUUCAGAGUUUAAAGGGACUCAUGCAGAGAGUGUAGGGGAAGCACGGUAUGGUAUCCACGGUGACCGUUACUCACGUGUAACUACAGCAGCAGGCUGGCGGCAAGGUAGACAUUUUUUAUUCAGUUUUACAUCUGUUGUAACCACGGUGAUCACCACAUGACUGAUAGAAUGAGAUGAAUUUCUGGCUCUAUGCCCGCUCUGUCUUUUUCUCUCCAACUUUCUAUUUCCUCACUCUGUCUCUCCCUGCCUCACCCCGUGUCACCCUGUCUCACCACCUUUUUUUUUUUUUUAGUUGCUGUGGUGACCAGCGCUCUUUGUUCUGUCCAUCACAGAGCCCCUUGUUCCACUGCUAAUUCAAACAUCCUGUAAUGUCAGCCACCCACACUGUCCCUAGUGGUCAAUUAGCAGAACAGCAACAGGUUACAUGUGUUACUGUUUCAGCUGGCUUUUUUGUUCUGGCCAGAGAGCUGCCACUCAUUUAAAAGGGGACGCAUUACUUAACCUGCCUCUGACUCUGCUCGGCUUGAUGCUGUUUCAAACCCACUAAAUGGCUUCAGGGAUACAAAAACCUGACAUUUCUUAGUCUACAUGUGAGAGUGUGACCUAAAAUUGCUCCUCACUCACAUGCCCUGCAGACAUUUCUUAUCUUUGAUCUGGUUUGACGUUUUUAUCUUUAUUGUCUCUGAUGUUUGCAAACUGUUCUCUGAUCUUGGGACUGAAACCACUGAGUUUCAUUAGGAAAAGUAAGGCAAGAUAAGUUUAUAUCAUACACUUUCUACACAUAUCAAAGUGCUUUACAGACUGGCUGAAAUGCAUCAAAUAGGGAAUCAUAAGAUGCUAAAAUAACAGGAUUGAAAGAAAAGAGGGAGUUCAGCAUGCAAUUACAUCGCCCUAUCCUUUUUCUCAGGCAUCAGAAGGCAUUUUGCCAAACCGAAUGUCAGGUUUCAUCGCCAUGGGUGCCAACAUGGAUUGAGGUGUAAUGUAUUCAUCGGUCCCAGUGGGAGUCAGACCCUUAACAUCAUCCUCAUAUCAUGAGCACUUCAAACACAAUCUACUCCUGAUUGGGCUGCAGCAGGCACAUCACACACAAAGGCUGCACAGUCCCAGUUGUACUCAAUCUAUAAUAGCACCCCUGCUGCACAAUGGAUUCAGACUCGCAGGAUCCCAUGUAACAGUAAAUUUAAAAAGCUCUACCUGUCAGACUACAUGAGUGCAUGUUACUGCUGUCGUUAGCUAUGGGGGCGGAGAGAGAUGGAGAUGGAGUGAGAGGAGAAGAGAGAGGAAAAAGAGAGAAGCUGUCAGUAACCAUGGCAGCAGGUUUUUUUUUCUUUGUUUUUCCCCCCCAGUGAAAUCACCCAGUGAUUUCACUGGGGGGGAAAAACCAAUUUGUAUUUGUUAAUGAUGCAGGAUGUAAAGCAGACGUCGCUGCGCUUUCAGAGCUGGUUGUCCAUUUUGUUGCUCUGAGGAUUCCCUUUUGUGUGAGCAUCGAGAUAAGAGCGCAAACAAUUAGCGCCAUCAGCUCGCAGUAAAUAAUAAGAGCUGCACACACUUACUGAAUUCAAAUCAGGCUGCUCUGCUGUUUGUACUGAAAACACACUUUUUCCAUUUUUGCAAAGAACGCUUUUUUGGGGGGAUGUCAAGGCCAAAAUCUGUAUUUUUUUUCAAGGGAGUUUGUGUGUUUUUGCCCCCAUCUAUCCCUUGUCUCGAUUAAAAAGUAAUGGACAGACCCCUAUGAGUGAAACUAACACCCUUUUCACCCAAUUUCACUCCUAAAAUAACAGGAUUACAUGCCUUAAAGGUGUGUAACCCCUGACACAAUCUUCACACCCCACCUCUCCAUGCCAAUAUCCUUUUCUAUUGGCAUGUACACUUACACAGGCAUAAAUUGUAUGCAGGUUUGCCAUACUGAGAGAAAGCCAUGUACAGAUGCAUUGCUCUGUUAAUAUGUAAUAAUCCACUCGACUGUUAAUAUCUUUUUUUAUCUAGGACAGAAGUUCUGUGUUAAGUAAGGAGGAGAUAUAAACUAAGGCAUGAAACCGCUGAAUCAAAUCGGCCUGCAGCUUUCCUGACAAAGCGAAAUUCAGUUGGCCAGCUGGUUUGUGAAUGGAGCUGUUGUUUUUUUGUUGUUUUUUUAAUCUCGACUUUAUGACUGUUUCUGAGAAAAAGCUGUUAUAUAUGAUGGAGGACUAAAGGGCACAGGCCAGUCUUUCUGUAAUUUUAUGAGAUUAAAGUGCACUGGAGUUUGUAUGAAUGGAGUCAGUGCUCAAGUAAACAGCAAGAAUUGAAGAGGUCUUCUCCAAAAUGCUGUAAAUGCAUGAAAAAAAGUUAGACCUUAAAGGGACAGUUCGGUUGUUUUUUUUAAGCAGGGUUGUAUGGGGUACUU